CACUAGUCAUCGUUAGGCGUUUACCAACUCUUGAACUUUUGCAGACAGUCAGAAAAUAAUAAUAAAAGUCAUUAAUUAAAAUAAAAUAUGUCGUCGGCUGAGCUGGAAAUUAAACAGAAAACAACGGAUAGUCGGGCGCCAGGAGGAGCCAACGUAGAGAUUACCGCAACGGAACAGAAUGAGGGAGAGCAAAGUUAUGCCGCGGCGGAACAGUACAAAAAUAAAGGCAAUGAUUUGCUCAAAACCAAGGAGUUUACGAAAGCAAUCGAUAUGUAUUCGAAAGCCAUAGAACUGUAUCCCAGCAGUGCCAUCUACUAUGCUAACCGAGCUUUGGCGCAUUUGCGCCAAGAGAACUUUGGGCUUGCAUUGCAGGAUGGUGUGUCUGCAGUAAAAACCGAUCCCAGCUACUUAAAGGGCUAUUACCGGCGUGCAGCGGCUCACAUGUCACUCGGAAAGUUCAAGCAGGCGCUAUCCGAUUUUGAAUAUGUAGCCAAGUGCCGUCCCAAUGAUAAGGAUGCCAAAAUGAAGUUUACCGAAUGUAAUAAAAUUGUAAAAAUGCGUGCAUUUGAGCGAGCCAUUGCGGUAGAUAAACCGGAGAAAACGCUCUCUGAGAUGUACAGGGAUAUGGAAAACAUCACUAUUGAGGAUGACUAUAAGGGUCCGCAGCUGGAGGAUGGCAAGGUUACCUUACAGUUUAUGAAAGACCUUGUGGAACAUUAUAAGGCGCAAAAGAGACUGCAUCGAAAAUUCGCCUAUAAGAUACUCUGUGACAUAGACGUGUAUAUGCGAGCACAGCCGUCUCUUGUGGAUAUUAAGGUACCCGAUGAGGAGAAGUUUACCAUUUGUGGUGACAUACAUGGUCAAUUCUAUGAUUUAAUGAACAUCUUUGAGAUAAACGGACUGCCAUCGGAGAAGAAUCCAUAUCUGUUCAAUGGUGAUUUUGUGGACAGAGGUUCAUUCUCCGUGGAAUGCAUAUUUACUCUAUUUGGCUUUAAGCUUCUUUAUCCUAAUCAUUUCUUCUUGUCGCGCGGCAACCACGAAAGCAUUAACAUGAAUCAAAUGUAUGGCUUUACUGGGGAAGUUACCGCUAAAUAUACUAGCACCAUGGCUGAUAUAUUUACGCAAGUGUUCAACUGGCUACCCCUAUGCCAUUGUAUCAAUCAAAAGAUUCUGGUUAUGCACGGUGGUCUGUUCUCUUCAGACAAUGUGACAUUGGAUAAUAUUCGUCGCAUUGAACGCAACUGCCAGCCCCCAGAGGAAGGACUCAUGUGCGAGUUGCUCUGGUCAGAUCCGCAGCAAUGGAUGGGACGUGGCCCAUCUAAGCGUGGUGUGGGCAUUCAGUUUGGUCCAGACAUAACUGAAUCAUUCUGUAAAUUAAAUAACUUGGAUUACAUUAUCAGAAGUCACGAGGUAAAGGAUAUGGGCUACGAAGUGGCCCACAAUGGACAGUGCAUAACAGUGUUCUCGGCGCCAAACUAUUGUGAUACUAUGGGCAACAUGGGCGCAUUUAUAACCAUCACGGGUAACAAUCUGAAACCAAAUUACACAUCCUUUGAGGCUGUGCCGCAUCCUGAUGUGAAGCCAAUGGCAUAUGCCAAUAGUCUUAUGAACUGGCUGGCGUAGUCGUGCCAGACCGCUUCCUAUAAAAUAACUAAAUACACCACAAAUACACGCUUGAGAACCGGAAUCCAAAACCGCAGCCCUUAUAUAGCAGCGAACAAAAAGAAUAACAAGAAAUACUUUAAAUUCCGUUUUUAAUGAGCCUCAAUUCACAUGCGAACAGCUUAGUUGUGAUAUCAAGAGAGGUUCCGAACCGCAGAUAAGCAAUCACACAAUAACAAAUUCAGCUAUAUUUGAUACAUUGCAUACGAAAAAUUUAUAAUAUAUAGUGGCUUUAGAAAUUGGAUGCUAAGUUUUAUCGGUGCUAAGCAUCUCAGAUUCCACUGUACAGUGUUUGUGCUAUUUCAAAAAUAAUAAUAAUUGUAACACAAAACAUAAAACAAAAAAAAACUUAAAAGAGCAUAUGUAUUAUGUUUAUGCAUAGAAUUUAGUCAUUGACAUUAAGUGUCAUACCCAAAGUUUACGCGUAUCCACGGCGCAUUCAAUUCUAAUUUUUUUUUAAACUUCAAUUGUGCAUAAAUUAAAUUUUUGUUUUGCC